AUGCACAUCACCCAAAUUUUCGGAAUCUGUCUAGUCGCCCUGGCUAGUACCACGGUGGCGAGGCCCCAUCUAGCGGGUCCCUACCAUGGACAGCGGAUCGCCAUCGAAGUCCCCACCAAUUCGACACAGAAUGCGACCACAACGGGGACACGAGCCACUGCUCCUCUGUCAACUGCUAGUAUUCUUGCACAACCAAAGAGCGGAACUCGAAUUCAUGUCUCUCAUGGACUGAAUUCGGUGCAGAAGGCGACUCAAGGGAGCAAUCAUUGUAAUGAGUUGUGUUCGUUGGAAUCGCAGACAUGUACUAUUGCAGUACCAGAUGAUGAUAAGUUUUGCUGGCAAACAUAUACCCGGUGCAUUAAGAAGUGCCGGCCGGAUAACUUCCAAAAAUAG